AUUUAUUAUUCAGUGGACAAGAUGAGAAGAGACGGUGUUUUUCGUAAAUAAUUUAUUGUAAACAUGGCAAAUACAGGCCUAUUACCUUUUGUUCGAGGCGUAGAUUUUACGUGCAAUGACUUUAGCAAUGAUAAAUUUCCUGACGCUAUACGGUAUAUGACCGGCCUUCAGUGGCUUAGAUUGGAUAAAACAAAUUUGGACGAUAUUCCUGAGGAAUUGGGAAAGCUUAUGAAAUUGGAAAAUUUGUCAAUUAAAAAGAACAGCCUAGAAAAAUUGUUUGGUGAACUAACAGAAUUAAAAUGUCUCCGUUCCUUGAAUGUGAGACACAACAAGGUGAAGAGCUCCGGGAUCCCUCCAGAAUUGUUCAGGUUGGAGGAGCUCACAACCCUGGACCUGUCGCACAACCGGCUGAAGGAGGUGCCUGAUGGACUGGAUAAAGCCAAAUCAUUACUGGUGUUGAAUCUUAGCCAUAACAAGAUCGAAGCUAUACCGCCGACAUUAUUUGUUCAGUUGACAGAUCUACUAUUUCUAGAUUUGUCCAACAAUUUGUUGGAAACACUGCCUCCUCAGACCAGGAGGCUGGCGAACCUCCAGACUCUCAUACUUAAUGACAACCCACUAGGACUCUUUCAGUUGAGGCAGCUGCCCUCCCUCCAAAGCCUUGAGACUCUUCACAUGCGCAACACGCAGCGCACCGUCGCCAACCUGCCGACUUCCCUGGACACCCUCUCCAACUUGGCCGAUGUGGACCUCUCUAAGAAUGCACUGACCAAAGUGCCAGACGCUCUGUACUCUCUACAGAACUUGAAGAGGCUGAAUCUCAGCGACAAUGAGAUUGCAGAGAUAUCCUCAGCAAUGGACAUGUGGCAGAAGCUGGAAAGCUUAAACUUAUCCCGGAACAAGCUGGCCGCGUUGCCGGCGUCCCUGUGCAAGCUGCAGAACCUGAGGAGACUGCAUGUUGAUGAUAACAAGCUGGACUUCGAAGGAAUUCCCUCGGGUAUCGGCAAGCUGGGCAACUUGGAGGUGUUCUCAGCGGCUAACAACCUGCUGGAGAUGAUUCCUGAGGGACUGUGCAGGUGUGGCUCACUCAAGAAGUUAAAUCUGAGUUGGAACAAGCUGAUCACGCUCCCGGACGCCAUCCACCUCCUGAGUGACCUAGAGAGUCUUCAGCUCCACGGGAACCCAGACCUGGUGAUGCCUCCGAAGCCAGUGGAGAGGGCCAAGGGCUCAGGCUUAGCAUACUACAAUAUUGACUUCUCGCUGCAAGCACAGUUGCAGCUAGCCGGCGCUGCCACUUCGGAGCCCACGACGCCAAGUAGUGUGAAAUCAGACCCGAUAGCUCGCAAGUUGCGCCUGCGCCGUGGCCGACCGGAACCGGAACAGAAGGAUUCAGCACUCAUUCUGCGUGGCAUGCAGGAACAAGCUAACACCCAACACAACGAGCAAGUUGCUGAGCAACGGAACAGCGAGCUUAAGCCCAAACGUUGGGACGAGACGCUGGAGAAGCCCCCGCUGGACUAUUCGGAGUUCUUUGAUGAGGACACCGGACAAACUCCGGGGCUGCAAGUGUGGGAGAUUGAGAACUUCAUACCGGCACCAGUGGACGAGGUACAAUACGGGAAAUUCUUUGAAGGCGACUGCUAUAUAGUGUUGAAGACGUCUUUAGAAGAACAGGGCCAACUCAGUUGGGACAUACACUUCUGGAUCGGCUCAAAAGCCACGCUAGACAAAGGCGCAUGCGCGGCGAUGCACGCAGUCAACCUGCGCAACUUGCUCGGCGCGAAACGAACGCAGCGCCACGAGCAAGGCGACGAGACGCCGGAGUUCCUCGCGCUGUUCCCGGCGCCGCCGCUCUACAUCGCGGGCAGCCACACGCCGUCCGGCUUCUUCACCGUCGACGACCCCCAUUAUGUGACGAGGCUAUACAGAGUGCAUGCAGCAGGCAACAGCAUUCAUCUUGAACCAGUUGCGGUGCAGGCAGAGUCACUCGAUCCUCGCUUUGUGUUCCUACUGGACGAGGGGCUCACUAUCUACUUGUGGAACGGGAAAAAGGCGAAGAACACGUUGAAAUCAAAAGCCCGACUGUUCGCCGAGAAGAUAAACAAGGAGGAGAGGAAGAACAAGGCCGAGUUGAUAGCAGAACCGCCCGGGAAGGAACCCGCCAGUUUCUGGAAGGCGUUGGGGUACGACGGGGAACUACCAUUUGUGCCACAGGAAACGGUGUCAGACGACUUUACCUGGCUGCCGGCCCGGCUGUACCGCGUGGAGCUGGGCAUGGGCUACCUGGAGCUGCCGCAGCCGGAGCCCGCGCCGCUGGCCCGCAGCGCGCUCGCCACGCGCAACGUUUACAUACUGGACGCGCACACCGACGUGUUCGUUUGGUUCGGCAAGAAAUCAUCUCGCCUGGUGCGGGCGGCGGCCGUGAAGCUGGCGCAGGAGUUGUUCAGCAUGCUGCAGCGGCCGCCGCACGCGCUGGUCACCAGGCUGCAGGAGGCCACCGAGACACAGGUGUUCAAGACGUACUUCCUAGGCUGGGAAGAAGUGAUAGCGGUGGACUUCACCAGGACUGCUGAAUCCGUAGCCAGGACCGGCGCCGAUCUGGCCAGCUGGGCUAAACAGCAGGAGACUAAAGCGGACCUCUCAGCUCUAUUCACCCCAAGACAGCCGCCCAUGCAACCUUCCGAAGCCAAGACCCUCGCCGAGGAGUGGAACGAGGACCUGGAAGCCAUGGAGGCCUUCGUGCUGGAGGGCAGGCAUUUCGUGAAACUGCCGGACAACGAGCUGGGAAUCUUCCACAGUCACGACUGUUACGUGUUCCUGUGUCGAUACAUCAUGCCGGCAGAGCCUGAAGAAGAAAGCGAAGGCUCAAACGAGGCUGACGAGGAUGCGGAGUCCGCAUCGUGGGUGGUGUACUUCUGGCAAGGCCGCUGGGCCAGCAACAUGGGCUGGCUGACGUUCACGUUCGGGCUGGAGAGGAAGUUCAAGCAGCUGUGCAAGCGGCUCGACGUGGUGCGCACCCAUCAGCAGCAGGAGAGCCUCAAGUUCAUGGCGCACUUCCACAGGAGGUUCGUCAUCAGGGACGGCAAGAGGAACAAGUUGCCGGAGGGCGGCAAGCAGCCGGUGGAGCUGUUUGAGCUACGCAGCAACGGCUCCGCUUUGUGUACGCGGCUUAUACAAGUGAAGGCGGACGCUACGCAGCUCAACAGUGCUUUCUGUUACAUCCUGAACGUGCCGCUAGAGGGCGCCAACGAGGCGUCGUCCGCGAUCGUGUACGUGUGGAUCGGCAGCAAGAGCGCGCCCGACUGCGCGCGGCUCGUCGAGCAGAUCGCCGAGGACAAGUUCAACAACCCCUGGCUCAGUCUGCAGGUACUGACGGAAGGCAGCGAGCCGGACAACUUCUUCUGGGUGGCGCUGGGCGGGCGCAAGCCUUACGACUCGGACGCGGACUUCCUCAACUAUACGCGGCUGUUCCGUUGCUCCAACGAGAAAGGAUACUUCACUGUUUCAGAGAAGUGUACCGACUUCUGCCAGGAUGACCUGGCGGACGACGACAUAAUGAUUCUGGACAACGGCGAGCAGGUGUUCCUGUGGCUCGGCGCCAAGUGCUCCGAGGUGGAGAUCAAACUCGCGUACAAAUCCGCACAGGUAUACAUCCAGCACAUGAAGUCGGUGCAGCCGAACAGGCCGCGCAAGUUGUUCCUGACGCUCAAGAACAAGGAAUCUCGCAGGUUCACCAAGUGCUUCCACGGCUGGGGCGAGCACAAGCGACCCCCGGAGUAGAUCUGCGACUGAACUGUCAUACUUUAUACGCGGUGUCUUAAGCUGCGUACACAACGGGCCGACAGAAAGUACAAUGCUCAUUGGCUCUUGAAUGUAAGCAGUGAUGUUGGUCAAACCAACAAUGCGAAGCCAAUUCGUUAGCGUUUGUUCGUCCUAUGUGUACUCAGCUUUAUGUAGACGAAGAUAACUGGUAUGUUUUGUAAGCAGAGUGCAAUUUACCAAUUGAUGUGAUUGGCUGAUGUCGCUCUGUUUAUGUUGCGUACAUCAUCAUACACACACAAAUCAUUUAAGUCAAUGGUAUUUUCGCACCUUACACAAGUUGAGUAAGUAAAAAACAUUUAAAUUUUUUGUUUCCCCUAAAUAUUUUUGAAUGCUUGCAUCUGGAUCCUAGAAGUAUAACUGACUAAUGCAAAAUAUUAAAUCUUAUGAUGUAUCAUGAAUAAACAUUGUGUAUUAUAGUUGUAAAUUUUGUAUUAAACUUUAAUUAGUGAUACAUUUUUCAGUUGCAUAUGGAAAUUCAGAGCACAAACAAUUUAAUUCUACUUUUAACGGACAAGCACAAUGUAUAAUUACAGAAAAUUAUUUGUAUAUUGAAUAACAAAAUACUAAAACAGAUUAAAAUAUUUAAAAGACAUUUUGAUAAUCAUUUCUACAUUGCACCUUUGAAAAUAACAUAGAAUAUGCAAACUCGUCCAAUAGGGCAUAAAACAUUGGUGUAUUAAUUUUUGUAGCAUGGACCUUAUGCACAUGAGGUUUACAAUCACAAUUCAUUAUUUCAAACUACAAUUAUACAACAACAAACAAAUGUUUCAAUCAGUUAAUUCAUAGAAAUAGUAUGUGCAAUAUGUAAACUUUUUAUUUAUUAAAAUACAAUUUAUUCUUAUUAUAUGAUCAUAAUUUAAUCAAAUAAAAAUAUAGUUUAGUAUAAGGACAUUAAAAAUUAAAGACUGAAAUUAUGCCAUUUUUUCAAGUCAUUUAUUUAAAACUUUCACUACAAGCCGUUUUUCAAUUUUCAUGCAAAGGAGAACAUUUUAACUAGAUCUUAUUAGAUUUAACACUUAUAUUUAUUGCUUCUUGUCCCACUUAAAGGCCCCAUAUUUUCAGCUAACAAUGGUAUAGAACAGAUUCAUGGGUCAAUGAUAGGCCAGCACACGCAGCAUGGCAGCCACGAAAAUGCUAGAUACACUAGUGUUUAAACACUAGUGCUGUCCCAUUUCAGGUCAUAACAAGAAGUGAAACAGCUAUAGUUUUUUGUGCGAUAAAAACGGCUACGCGCGUGCCUUGCUAUAAGGGCUAAACAUGUAUUUUUUUCAAUGCAUUUACCUACCAGUUUGUAUGCUGUUUAUAUAAAGCAAUUGCAUUUUUUUGUUUUACAACUGUGUAAAUAUUGAAAUAGAAAUUUAUAUGGCCGUAAUAUAUUAAUAAUAAUAAAGAAUAAAUUGAUUUGAUAGCCAUUGAGCUCAAAAUAAGUUUAAAUGUUUUAUAAA